AUGGUUUUUAAUAAAAGAUCUAUGGAAUAUUGGGAUUUUUAUCAUAAAGAUGGUUAUGUUUAUACUUGUCAUAAAACUGAAGAGCAAAAAUUAACUGGAAUCAUUACAAAAUAUCUUAUUUGUAAAGAAAAUAAAAGAAAAAAGUGCGAAGGCAGUGCUACUCUUAAGGGAGAAAUAUUGACUGUAAAAAUCGGUCACAAAUAUCAUGAACCACGACCAACAGAAGAAAUUGAGGCUGAAAUCGCUUUUCGGCGAUCUCUUAAUCAAGCCUGUGUCACGUCUUUUACAUCUUUGCGCACAAUCUAUGACACCCUUAUAAUAAUGCAUCCUGAGAUGGCCCAAAAAAUAAAGUUUAAAAAUAUCAAACGGACAAUGUCACGAUGGCGCACAGAAACAAAACUUCCAGAAUUAGAUUCCUAUAGUCAUGUAUGUCAAGUGUUGUAUCAAGAAGAAUUAGAAUUUUUACGAGCAUAUUCAUUAAAUCUUAAUGAUCCUCAAAAACUCACCAUCGAACGCGGAAAUGAAGAUGUAUUAUACAUUUAUGAUUCGCAAUUACUUGAUUCUUUGAAUGCUGAGAACCUUUAUAUCAGUAGUUCAGCCAGAAUCGUACCGCAGCUGAAUAACUCGAAAUACUUGACAACAAUCAUUGCCGAAGUAAAAAAUUAUGCCUUUCCAAUUUUAUGGAUUAUUUCGUCAGAAAAAACCAGUAUUCUUAGUCUAUAUAUUGCACGAAUAUGUCGAACAAUAUUAAGAAAAUUUUCAACAAAUCCAAGAAUUAAUUUUUACUCUGACUUCAAUUUCCAUACAAUGGAGCAAUUUCGCCGGCAUUUCGUAAAAAAAAAAAUAGAUGGAAGUUUUGAGAGCUAUUGCCAAAUAUUACGAUAUGUAGCAAUUGAAAAGGGUAUUGAUACAAACAACCAACGUUCACAAGAAAUCUUGAGAGAAGUAAUGAUGCUAAUAUUAUUACCAGCUGAAAAAAUUGAAGAGGAAUGUCAACAUAUUAAAAAUAAAAUAAUACAAAAUGAACAAUCCGAACAGUUUGAAGACUUUUUCAAUUAUUUCUGUACAGAAUGGAUUGAAAAUUUAAAGCCAGAAAACUUCUCGUUAUAUAACAAAAUAGAAGCAGUAAAUGACAUUAGUUUUAUCCACUUGAGAGUUUUAGAAAAUAAACUCAAAACUAACACUCCAACGUUUUGGAAAUUAUUAGGCUCAAUAGUAGAAAUAAUGACAAAAUCGCGAAAAGAAUUGUCAACAUUAAUGGAAAAAGAUAAACCACGAAUAUCAUUUACGCCUAAAAUAAACCACUCAUUUAACAAUUGUGGGAAAAACAGUGUUAUUUCUGGUUUAAAAAAAUUAUGGAGAUCAUUAUAUGACGAAAGAAUUGAUAGCAGGGAGUUCAUUGACAAAAGCAUGGUCGUCAUGCAUGAAUUUUUGGAUGAUUUUUUUAUUGACAAGGACCGAAUAAAACCGAAAGAUUUAACAGUCAUCUACGAAGAUGAUGAUGGUAUAGAUAUAGAAUUUGAAACAAAGUGCCAAAAAUGUCCAUUAAAACUGAUUGAAACAAUUAAUUAUCCAUGCAACCAUGCUGAUUCAUGUCUGCCAUGUUCACAAAUAAGCUUUUCUGAAUGCACCAUGUGUGAAAAAGUGGUUGAAAAGAAGGAAAAAAUCUUUUUACCAAUAGAUGAAACAAAUGAAAUAAGUGACUUUAAAUGUCAAAUUUGUUUUGAUCGUUCAGUCGGAGUUUACUGGAAGCCAUGUAAUCAUGCUUUAUCAUGUAUUACUUGUGCAGAAUCAGUUCAAAAAUUUAAUGGCAUUCUUAAAUGCCCGCACUGCAACACUCCAAGUACAGGAUUCGUAGACUUCGAGUUACCAAUAAAAAUAAAUAUUUAA